ACACUAAACCUAAGGAAUCUCCAGAUCAUUUAACUCAUUUAACUACCUUACGACCCAACAACUGGACGCGCACUAGUCAAUCGAGCUCCGCCCACGAUUUUCGGUGCCCGUAAUGUUUAUGAAUUAAAAAUAAAAGAUAUUUAACGAUAGCAAUGAGUCAAGAUUAUUUUGCCUCGAAAGGCAAGUCCCCUAGUGGACGCGGAUGGGAUCGUGAGCAAGAAAAUGCACCAUCUCCGUCUGCUUCCGGAAGGCCUGGUUAUAUGACCGUCGGCAGCGGUUCGACAUCACAACAUGCCGCGCGACUACAGUCACUUAUAGAUGAUGAUUCUGGUUAUGGUGGAAGUGUCGCAGGAGAUGAUGUUGGAUCUUCGAGACGACCUCUUGGUUCCCCCCGAUCCGAUCCGGCCGUAUCGAGGGAUAUGCCGCUAUCACGACGAUCAACCGGCAACCCGGAGACUGAUCACCGAACCCAAGUCGCUGCUAUUUCUCAGCUAUGGUAUAACCAACACCGAGCCGCCCUUAAUCGUUCCAUCAGCAGAGUUGUUGAGCUACUCGAAACCCUUCAAGAAACCAAUGUUACUUGGCCUGCGCACUAUCCUUCUGUUCAGCGACCCGAAAUAUCUUCGUCCGAACGACCCUCGUCUCGUCCUGGGUUACAACAUGCCUUCUCUAUGGCUGGAGAGCCAUCUUCUCCCCAACAUGCUCGACCUUUGCGACGAUCUAUGACCACCGUCGAAGACCACGAAUCAGCUGAAUCUAGCAGAGACGCCGAGGACAAGAAUGUAGCAGACAGCCCCAGACUGUUUACACCACAGAUUGCUCAGGAAUUUUCCGUCUUGAAGUUAGACCUCAAAUUAGGUUCUAUGCACCAAACUGAAUUGGUCCACUCUCUCGAGAAAGGAUCUAUCGCUGCACUCCUUGACGGGAAGAUUCGGUCUAGUAUCAAGCAUUUACGCUUGCUUCGCGAAAGAAUUGAGGAUACCUCCAGCAAGGUUCUGAUUACUGGAGAUCUAAACGCUGGAAAGUCAACAUUUUGCAAUGCGCUAUUGCGCCGCAAGGUCCUUCCAGAGGACCAACAACCUUGCACAAGCAUUUUCUGCGAGGUUCUGGAUGCGAGAGAGAACGCCGGUGUUGAGGAAGUACAUGCAGUCCAUAUGGAUACAGUUUACAACCGACAUGACGAAUCAACCUAUGACGUUUUUCCCCUGCGUGAGCUAGAGAAUAUUGUUAUCGACAAUGCCACCUACAUGCAAUGCAAAGUCUACAUUAAGGAUGUGCGAACGAUCGAUGAAUCAUUGCUGAAUAACGGCGUGGUCGACAUUGCAUUGAUUGACGCACCAGGCCUCAAUUCCGACACGACUAAAACAACUGCUGUGUUUGCACGACAGGAAGAAAUUGACGUUGUUGUUUUUGUGGUCUCUGCUGCGAAUCACUUCACCCAGUCCGCAAAGGAGUUCAUCUGGGCCGCGGCCGCGGAGAAAGCCUACAUCUUUAUGGUUGUCAAUGGUUACGAUCUGAUUCGGGACAAGGAACGGUGCCAGAAGAUGAUAUUAGACCAGGUUUACGGUCUAAGCCCUCGUACAUUCAAGGAGUCCACCGAGCUCGUCCACUUCGUAUCUAGCAAUGCUAUUCCGACAGUCCCGUCGCCCCCUGGCGGUCCUGACGGAGGAGGAAGUGGUAGCGCAAGCGGAGGCGGAGAUGAUCCUAGUGACGACCCCAAGGGGAAGGGCAAGGAGAAAGAAAAGAUCCAGGACUUCGAGAAGUUAGAACAGUCCCUAAGACGGUUUGUACUGGAAAAGCGAGCACGAUCUAAGCUUGCACCUGCCAAGACAUAUCUCCUCAACAUCCUCAACGAUGUGAAUGUACUUGCUACGGUCAAUUCCGACGUAGCUCAAUCGGAAUUGGAACGAGUCACAAGGGACUUGGAGGAGAUCGAACCUCUGCUUGAGUCUUCUAAGAAAGCGAAUGCCGAGGUUGGCGACGAAGUGGACCAAACCAUCGAGGAAACUUGCAAGGACGUCUACGACCAUACUCGGACAACUCUUAACUCGGUUAUUACCCACGCCGGUGAGGACAACCUCGGUGUGCCGUAUCCAGGCCCCUUCUUUGCUUUCCAGUAUGCCGAAGACUUGAAAGAAGCUAUGCUAUCUCAAAUCUCGUCUUCGGUCACGUCCUGCGAAGAUUAUGCGAGAACGAAGGCUGUCGGUGGGGUCAAUGUUAUUAAGCAGCUUGGUUUAAUGCAUCUCGGCAACGACUUUCACGAUCUCAACUUCCGCCCUAACGUCAUGUUCCAAAGGAGACGUGAUGCGACAGCUAAGGAAAUUGACGUUUCCAUUGAGCUGUGGGAUUUCGUCGACUGGUCUACUCUUUUACAACGCCAGGAGAAAUUCGCCGGUACUGGUUUGGCGUUGACCGUCGCUACUACUCUUGGUGGACGUAUGAUUGGUGGUAUGGGGUGGAUGGACCACACUGUGACUGCGAUGAAAAUUAUUGGAAAUGACAAUCUCCGAAAGCUGAUUAUCCCCGGCUUAGUCCUUGCAGUCGUCUCCGCUGCUGCGUACGUCGUCCAGCAAGUUCCACAUUCGCUACCCCAUCGUCUAUCCGAGAAGAUUUCAACACAAAUCGCCGCAACUGAUUAUGUCCAUACAAACAGUACCCGUAUCGUGGGUUCUGUGCGCAAGGUUCUCCGAAUCCCUGCGGACAAUCUUCGGGUUAACUUGACGCGGUCUGUUGAGGAGCUCGGGACACGCCGUGAAGAAACUGUAAAGGUCCGCGGGGAAAGUGAGGUGGCGCUCAAAUACUUCGGAAAUUUAGUGAGGGAGAGUGCCCACCAACGUACCUUAGUUGAGGAUAUAGAUCUCGAUGCGCAUCCUCAAGGAACCAAUGGCAUGAGCAUCGCAUGAGAAUGGGUCUAUUUCUUUAAAGCAUAGGAUGGCGUUUGGGGAAGCACAAUUGAAUUAAAGCCGGCAUGCCAUUUCAAUUCGUUCUUUUGUCGUCUCGAUGAAUGACUGAUGGAUAGGAAAAAGGGAAGAGAGAUGUAGAAUGGAAAAUGGUUUUGUGGCGUCCAGACUGGAUUGAAGGUUGAACGAGUACAAGAGUUUUACCCUCCAUUCCCUCCUCAAUUCGUAUAUACGUAUUAACUAGUUUUACUGAAUACCCGAAAGACUUCUUUUCUGCGUUUGGACCCGUUGUUAGGUGCCUCGCAACAUAACAGUUGAUCACAACGCAAUACCAC